AUGAAGCUUGAGGCUUACAAUGGCCAAUUCUUGACCUAUUGGGGAACAUCUGUGGUUCCAGUUGACUCACUGACUGAUCGUUCAAUCCGCAAAUGUUACCGAUUACAUGUCAUUGGAGCUGUGACGCGGACAUCUACUAGAGACAAUAUCACUUUUUUAAAAUCAAACUUAUGUGAUGUGGAAAGUAUUUCUUCAUCUGAAGAAGAUCCGAAUUUCAUUCCCAAAUAUGAAAAGCUGAAUAAUUUGAUUGAAACUGGCACGACUUGUGAAGAUUUCGAAGAUGCUGAUGAGCACAUUCUAAAGCAAGGCCCUUUAUUCUGGCAGAAGGCGAGACAGCACAAAGAACUUGUCCGAACAUUUCCUUAUUUGAAAAUGUUUUUUCAUUAUCCUCAAGAUGUACCUCUCAAUAAGAACAGCAGAUUGUCGGAAGAAAAGAAAGUUCCAUGGCUGAUAAGACUUGACAUCAUUGACUCAGAUGGAAAAGUGCGCUCUGUGAACUUCUUCACCAACUUCGAAACACUGUAUAACAACUCCAGAGCAUUGAAACCAUAUGUUGAUCGUCAUAUUAAAUUCAAUAUGGAAAAAAUAACAACUUGA